UGUUUAUCCUAUGAAAAAAAUAACAAAACUAUAAAGAAGUAAAUAUUGAUUUCUGUAAAGUCAUCAGGAUAUCACAUGAUCAUAAUGGAAAAUCUAUUAAUAAAAGGCCAAAAGCGGAACUUGUAAAGCAGGGCAGUAAGUAUAACAUACUCACCCCAGAAGAGCUACCAAUAGACGGAUGAUGUCGAAAAAUAUUGUGGGCAAAAGGAACAUUCCAGGGAUGCAGGCGACUGAUAUAGAAGAUUGUGGAGAUAUGAAUAUCUAUGAGAAUGUAAAUGAUAUAAACAGCCAUGAUGUCUGUAGAGGAACUGAAGACACCGCAAGAAACCAAACAUCUCAACUUAAAGGAAGUGAGUGUGCGAGGAACAGAAGUCACAGAUCAGUUCUAGUGUGUUUGGUGGUGUUGUGUGUUCUUCUACUGACUGCAGUCAUAGUGUUGUGUGUCCUGAUCUAUACAAACAAUCACGAGUUUCACAACAACAACAAAAACAUCACAGAAGAGAGAGAUCAACUACUAACCAAAUAUACCAACAUCACACAAGAGAGAGACCAACUACUAACCAAAUAUACCAACAUCACAGAAGAGAGAGACCAACUACUAACCAAAUAUACCAACAUCACAGAAGAGAGAGACCAACUACUAACCAAAUAUACCAACAUCACAGAAGAGAGAGAUGAAUUAAGGGUCAAAUACAAUCAUAUAUUGAAACAAAGUGAACGGUUAAAUCAGGAGAAAACUGAACUAACAACACAUCUUCGUGAUGGAUGGAUUUACUAUCGAUCCAGUUUUUACUUCAUUUCAUCUGAGAAGAAGAGCUGGACUGAGAGCAGAAGUUACUGUACACAGAGAGGAGCAGAUCUGAUCAUCAUUAACAACAAAGACGAACAAGAGUUUGUUUGUAAAAUGUCUGAUGAAGAAAUCGUCUGGAUUGGUUUGUCUGACAGUGAUGUGGAGGGCAGGUGGAAAUGGGUUGAUGGCAGCACACUGACCUCUGGAUUCUGGGGGGAAAAUGAGCCUGGUGGCCAAAGAAGAGAGAACUGUGCUGUGAAACAUUUUUCAUUGUGGGCAGAUUAUCCAUGCACUGAUGCUUUUAAAUGUAUCUGUGAGAAAAAAAAUGUUUUAAGUAAGUUGUUAAAUCAGAUACAUGUUAAUUGAGAGUCUUUUAGAGCAGACUUUAUAGGUUAUCAAAGUCACACAUACAGUACAUCUCAUAUCUUUCGCACCAA